AUGGGGAAAUUCAGAAGGAUUCUUCUUUUGUGCCUUGGAUUUCUUCUAAUCCAUGUAAGAGGUCAACGUGAUUUUGAUUUAGCUGAUGCUCUUGAUCACCCAGAUGACAUAAUUACCAGGAAGCCUACAGUGAUCAGAAGACCAACAAGGCCUGUGCUGAACAAUGAUCUGCAUUUAGGAGAUGCUCUUGGUGGGGGUGACAUCUCAAGAAAACCUUUAUACCCACCUCUUCCACCACGACCGGGAAGCCAUAUUAAUUCUGGAGGUUUUGAUGACUCAGAUCUUUUUGAUGGGAAGCCUUUACCACCGCACAUAACAGGAGAAGACGAGCAUCAUUUCAACCAUGGAGGAAACACAGAUUCAGGAUUAAUAGCA